GAACCGCGCGGUUUCCCCGCCCGCCUGCUCAGGCCGCAGCUCCCCCGGCUCCAGCAGCAUCACCUAAUCCCCACCCCCGGAACCCACAGGAUUUCUCAUUCCCAAACCUUGACCGGAUAUAGGAGGAGGACAAUGUGAGGAUGAUGGCCCAGGAGCCCCUGGCAGACAAGGAGCAGUGGACAGAGACCAGGGGGGACAAAUCUUUGCAGCAGAACCUCGUGGAAGAGGCUGUUUUGAGCAGCUCCACAGCUCAGGAAUUCAAUGGGGAGGAAAAGCCACGGAGAUCCCGCACAAAGACGGGCUGCAAACGCAGAUCACAGGGAUCCAAGGAAGAAAGACCCACCCUGAGCCAAGGAGGCGGCCAGAGUUUGGAACUGAGGAUCCAUGAGCAGGUCCACAGUGGGAAGAAGCUCUAUAGAUGUGGGGAAUGUGGGAAGAGCUUCAGCCGGAACUCAACCCUCAUCCACCACCGGAGGAUCCACACUGGAGAAAGGCCCUAUGAGUGUGGGGAGUGUGGGAAGAGCUAUAGAAACAGCUUUGACCUGAUCAACCACCAGAGGAGCCACACAGGGGAACGGCCCUAUGAGUGUGGGGAAUGUGGGAAGAGCUUUCAGAGAAGCUCCAGUCUCCUGAAGCAUCAGUGGACACACACAGGCGAGAGGCCCUAUGAGUGUCCUGAGUGUGGGAAGAGGUUUCAGAGCAGCUCCAGGCUCCUCAGGCAUGAGCGGAUUCACACAGAUGAGAGGCCCUUCCACUGCCCUGACUGCGGGAAGGGCUUCAAAAAUAACCCUGAUCUCAUCACCCACCGGCGCAUUCACACCGGGGAGAGGCCCUAUGAAUGUCCUGAGUGUGGGAAGAGAUUCACCCAGAGGUCAAACCUCAUUGUCCACAAGAGGACCCACACCGGCGAGAGGCCCUAUGAAUGUGGGGAAUGUGGUAAGAGGUUCAGCCAGAGCUCAGAACUGAUGCAUCAUAGGAGGAUGCACUCUGGGGAGCGGCCUUACAAGUGUGGUGAGUGUGGGAAGAGCUUCAGUCGGAGCUCCAACCUGAUCAUCCACCAGAGGAGCCACACAGGGGAACGGCCCUACGAGUGUGAGGAGUGCUGGAAGAGGUUUCAGACCAGCUCAGAUCUCCUUGUACAUCAGCGGAUUCACACAGAUGAGAGGCCCUUCCACUGCCCCGACUGUGGGAAGGGCUUCAAACUGAACUCCACCCUCAUCACCCACCGGCGCAUCCACACUGGGGAGAGGCCCUAUGAGUGUCCCCAGUGUGGGAAGGGGUUCAAACAGAGGUCAGCCUUGAACCAACACCAACGGAGCAACCACUAAGGGAAGCCCUGCCAGUACCCUGAGUGCAGGAAGAGCUUUGUGUGGUGCUCCAGCUCCAUCCCCCUUGGGAGGAUCCACACUGGAUGAUC